AUGACUGAUACAGAUGAAUCCCAGGCUUCUGGCUCUGAUUACCCUGAUGCCCAAGAGCUGAUAUGCAGUCGGCAGAAAGAGCCACAUAAGGUACACGCCUGUGAAACUAAUACACGAAUGGAGUGUUCACAGAAGAAUGCUGCUUCUGAGGAGUCUUCAGAUGAGCUUAACAGUGUACGUAAAUCAUCAGCUGCUUCAGCUGAGAUUGUACUGGACAGCAGUGAUUCAGAAAUUGACCUCUCUGCUGCUAGUGGCAGUAAUUAUCAUUCCAAGUGCUCCACUGCGCCUUCAAAGCAAAAUAGGAGAUCACAGCCUUCAAGGCAGCAAGCUGAAUCUGUUGCAGCAGUGUCUGACAAUGAAAGCUCUUCUGAUUCUUCUCUGUCCCCUCAAAGUCCAGUGAAGUCAUCUGAAACUUCCAAAAAGCAGAAGUCAAAACUCAAUUUGAAAGCCAUUUUUGCCUAUCACUUCAGGGGAAGGAAAUUUAGGGCUGCUGCACACCGAAAAUACAGUGGUGGCUCAGGGAAGAAGAAGAAAAAGUAUGAAAGCACACAGAUGCCUAUAGGGAGGCCACCACUGACAGCCUCACCUCAAGAGCAAAAGAGAAGGCUUCUAGACAGAGGUGUUCAAUUCCCUUUUGUUGAAAAACAUUAUGGGAGGAAACAUAUUCCCUUAAAGAUGGUUCUUGGCUACGAGCAAGCAGCUGUAAAGGGAUAUUUCCAGUACAUUGAAGUGCUUAAGUAUGAAGAACAUCUUAAAAAAGCUUUGAAAGCCCUUGAGGCUAGUGAAGACUUGGAACGAGAAUGUCUGACAGUACGGAAACACAAAUAUUUAGAUGAUGAAGGCCCCAUUUCCCCUAUUCAGGACACGAAUGAUGAUGAUGACAGCUUGAAUUCUGAUAAUGAAGAAGACCUUGAUGCCAGAGUAGUGGAGAACAGCUCUUUCAUUCUAAGCAGCAAAAUUCCCAGUAAGAAAAAAUCAAAGCGUGCAAAAUCAACUGAAGUGAUCGAAAUAGAGGAGGAAGAUGACUGUGCUGCUUAG